AUGUCCGACAAGGACGCAGGCACACCUCGGGUGUUUAUUGCACGACAUGGAGAAACCGAAUGGACAAAAUCCGGGCAAUACACCGGCAUCACGGAGCUCAAACUGACACCUCACGGCGAAACCCAAGUCCAGAAUUCCGGUCGCGUUCUCGUCGGUCCUGGAAAGCUCAUCGAUCCCUCGCGCAUUGCACAUGUAUAUGUUAGUCCCAGAAAGAGGGCUCAGAAGACACAUGAACUACUCUUCUCAUCGCCUUUAGAGCCGGCAGAUAAAGUAUCGACGACAGAUCGAUUGGCAGAAUGGGGCUAUGGUGAAUAUGAAGGGAUGGUGACGAGUCAGAUCCGGGCUUUGAGGAAAGAGCACGGUCUUGAUACUGAGAGGCCAUGGGAUAUAUGGCGCGAUGGGUGCGAGGGUGGAGAAUCGGCGCAGCAAGUAACGGACCGUUUGGAUGAUUUGAUCAAAGAGAUUCGAGCGUUCCAGGUUAAUCAUAUGCACGGCGAGCCUGGCCCGGCUGAUAUUGUACUCAUAGCACAUGGACAUUUGCUAAGGGCCUUUGUGAAACGAUGGUUGGGAUACCCUAUGGAAUUCCCGUUGUCGUUAAUGCUGGAACCAGGUGGUAUCGGUGUUUUGAGCUACCAGCAUCAUAACGUCGAGGAACCAGCGUUGUUCGCAGGCAUGGCUUUUCCAACACCACCAUGA